AUGAAGAUUAUCGAUGAUGAACAUGUCCUCCGGGAAGGAUUCCACCAUUUCGAAGAAGCCGACAUCAGUGGAUACGAUGUAAUUCUGGGUAUGCCAUGGUUGCAAGCUGCGAACCCCGACAUUGACUGGGUGCGAAGAUGCUGGACCUAUAGGAAAGCGUCAAAUAUCAGCCACGUGCACCUAGAUACCGCUAAGGAAUUUGCAACUUUAAUGGACAACAGCAACAUUAUAUUCGCCGCCUUUCCAUUGCGAGCUGCGCACGCAGCGACUGAGCCAAAUAUCCCGGAUGAUUAUAAGGAUUAUCUUGAUGUAUUCCGAGAAGAUAUACCUGACGCGGAGCACGCACCCCACGAUCAUGCCAUAGAUCUCAAACCUGGCAAGGAACCACCGUACCGACCGAUAUAUAACCUGUCACCUCAAGAACUCUCCGUCCUCCGAGAAUAUAUUGAUAAGGCAUUAGAGAAGAAUUGGAUACGCCCGUCCAAGAGCCCAGCCGGUGCGCCAGUAUUAUUCGCACCGAAGAAAGACGGAACCCUGCGUCUUUGCGUAGAUUAUCGAGGGUUGAACGAAAUAACAGUCAAGAAUCGGUAUCCGCUGCCCCUGAUAAGUGAAAUACUCGAUAGAUUAGCAGGUGCCAAAAUAUACACGCAAUUGGAUCUUAGGGACGCGUAUCAUAGAAUCCGCAUACGAGCGGGGGAUGAAUGGAAAACGGCAUUUCGAACACGAUACGGACACUUUGAGUAUCUGGUUUUACCCUUUGGGCUAACCAACGCCCCUGCGACUUUCCAAUCUUAUAUCAACAAGGCCCUCAGUGAUAUUUUGGACGUAUAUUGCGUAGCUUAUCUUGACGAUAUCGUAAUCUAUUCGAAUACGCUUGACGAACACGUCGCCCAUGUUAAGAAUGUGCUGGAACAAAUUGGAUUUCUGGGUUUUGUGAUUACCACGCAGGGCAUCACUGUCGAAAAACGCCGCGUCGAUACGAUCCUAGAUUGGCCUGAACCGCGAACAAUAAACGAGCUGCAAACAUUCCUAGGAUUCGCCAACUUCUACCGACGAUUCAUAUACAAGUUCUCGAUAAUAACGGCACCCUGA